UGGUGGACAACGCAGUCAACAUCAAUCGUCUUACAAACCAUCUCCAACAUGGGUUCCAACGGAUUUCGCACCGGCUCCAACCGGCUAUUUCAACUGAAUUCCGUCAAUGUAGAGGACUUUAAGAAAAUCUGCUCCCAGACCACCGACCCCACCAGCUAUCCGCUGGCUGUGGCCGUGCAGAAGAACAUUCCCAUCUAUGAUGCCGCCACCUUCGAUCCCCUGAGUGCGGAUACCACCCCGGCUCUCCAAGCAGAAUGGCAUCACAUUCUUGAAUCUGGACCGGGCAUCUUUGUCCUCAAAGGCAUGUACCAUCCUUCCCGGUACGCAGACACCCUGAACGCCACCAACACAGCUUUCCAACACAUCAUCGACCGGGAGCGCCAAUCCCUGAAUCCCAAAGGCGACCACUUCGCUGCCAGUGGGAAGAACGACCGUAUUUGGAACUCCUUCAGCAAGCAUGCCUUUGUCGACCCCAGCUCCUUCAUCAAGUACUACAGCAAUCCCUGGCUGCGUGUGGUUAGUGAAGCCUGGCUGGGGCCCGCCUAUCGGGUGACCGCCCAGGUCAACAUCGUCAAGCCCGGUGGCGCUGCCCAAGAUAGUCACCGAGACUACCAUCUGGGAUUUCAGGAAUUGGAUCGAUGUGCAGCCUUCCCGCGGAGUGUUCAACUCGCCAGUCAGUAUCUCACAUUGCAGGGGGCCGUCGCGCACAGUGAGAUGCCGGCGGAGAGCGGUCCCACGCGGUUCCUGCCGUUUAGCCAGACAUACGCACCGGGAUAUCUGGCAUGGCGCCGGGACGACUUCCGGGAAUACUUCAAGGAAAACUAUGUGGCAUUGCCGUUGGAGUUUGGCGAUGGGUUGUUUUUCAAUCCAGCGGUAUUCCAUGCCGCGGGGGCCAACGAGAUGGCCGAGAGCACGGGCUUCCAUCGCAAGGCAAACCUGUUGCAGAUUGGAUGUGCCUUGGGGAAGACGAUGGAGCACAUCGAUGCAGUACCGGUGGUGGAAAAAUGUUGGGAGGAGGUCAGUGAGAAGUAUCGGCGGCAAGGAGGGCUAAAUGCAGAGUUGGAGGCAUGGGUAUAUGCCGUGGCAGAUGGGUAUCCGUUCCCCUCGAACUUGGAUCGUCGCCCCCCUGCUCCGAGUGGGAUGGCACCAGAGAGCGAACAAGAGAUGAUUCUCCGGGGGUUGAAAGAGGGAUGGGAUCGGACCAGGAUUGUGGAGGAACUGCGAGCGCUGCAGCGAGAGGGACGGGGGCACCAGGAGGUGUAGUUGAUAAAUAUACAUUUUUGUUGUCCGUAUAGAUAGCUGAUCAUAAACCUAUG